CUUAGUGUUUACGUCUUCGUGUAUGCUAGUGAUGAAAUUGUGGUGCAAGCGGCAUGGAUCUUCAGAAGAUCUCUCUCGAAUAAUAACUCGUCAGCAAUGAACAACCACAGAUUCUCACUUUACUGUAGACUGCACUGUUGACACAACAUAUACCGUGUAGGUUUUCGCUGAAGGAGUCUGAACUCGCAAUCAGCUAGCAUCGGUAACUCCCAGCGCAGUUAAUCGCCGAAGAUGUCGAAGAAGGAUUUUGUCAUCAACGAAUAUGUCAAGGAGGUUCUGCAAGACGAAAUGUCAAGAAGUGAUGCAUUUUUGACUGAAGAUGAUUUAAAGGCUCUCUUGGUUGAGGAUGAAGAUGAUGAAUAUAGAGCAAGGGAGACAAUUAUUGGCUAUCCCACCUACCCACUGUACCGUGAGCUGGGCAACAUGUUGACAAUAUGGAUGCAGGAAAAAUAUUGUCCUGCCUUGAACCUGCCCAAAUAUGACUUGCUGGAUGAGAAAACGUAUGCAGAGUCGAGGAACGCCAUGAUUGCCUCCAUCACCCCUCUACUGGAGGGACUGAAGACACUGUGGACGCUGUGGGGGCGGGAGGAGAUCAAGUACCGGGUCCGCGAGGUCCUCCUGUUGUUGGGGAAGCGUGGGAUGUUGGACCUUUUCGGAAUCAGGAAGACGGUGGGAACAAAGGAAAUAUGGCCGGUGUCCAAACAGACGUUACUCAAAUCUUUCAAGGAAAAACACUCGCCCAACUCGGAGCUGUCGGUGGGAGCGAGAGCGCUGGCCAAACAUUUCCACCGAGACAACAGCAUCUCCUGGUGGGGCACCAGUACUGGGACUGAGAAGGACAAGAACGAGCACGCCCUGAUGACUCUCAACAAGAUCAUGACCAACGCAACCUGGAUCAACAUCCACUGGCUGCCUCAUGACGUCAUCAUAGUGGAAAUGAGACAAGAGAAUGGUUAUGGAGCCAGAUGGCUGGCUGAUGGCUCAAUGUUCCGGGGAUUCCUGGAGCCGCAGAUGGUGGACGGACAUGAAGUCGGAUGGAGACACUGAGAUGCAGCAUUGAUGUACACUGCUCACUGUUUGCUAGGGAUAGUGAUAAAACCUUGAUCAGCAGCACAUUGGGAUUUGCGAUUUACACUAACGUGACUUUCUAGGUUAUUCAUUAGUUUACAAAUAUAAGAAUGAAUUUACAAAGAAAAAAAUAAUAUAUUAUUUACAUGUUUCUUAAGAUCAUACUGUUCAGAGGUACCUCUACCUCUGGAUAGUAUGAUCCACCUCCAGAGAGUAUGAUCUUCUGGACAGUAUGAUCUACCUCUGGAAAGUAUGAUCUGCUUCUGGAUAGUAUGAUCUGCUUCUGGAUAGUAUGAUCCACCUCUUGAUAGUAUGAUCCACCCCUAGAGGGUAUGAUCUUCUGGACAGUAUGACCUUUCUCUGAAUAGUAUGAUCUGCUUUUGGACAGUAUGAUCUGCCUCUAGAUAGUAUGAUCCACCUCUAGAUAGUAUGAUCUAUGUCUCGAGUAUAAUGGUGACACAAGACACUGGGGACUAAGUAGUCAAAGACACCACAACUUAUUAGUUAUUCCUCUUGCGAGUGUAGCAGAAAUCCAAUUCUGAAAUGUGUAAAUGAAUAUGUUUUGAUGAACCAAUACGGAUAGUAUGGUACUAUACUACUGGCUUGGGAAUUGCCAUGUGCUGCAAUGAAGUUGAC